GGCGAGAGCCCAGCUGCACUAGCCGCUUCUUCCGCUGCACAGCCGCCCGACCCCGUCAGCGUCCGCGGAGUUGCUACCCCAGCAGGGUCGAGGAGGCUGCAGCUGCAGCCGGGAGCCCAUAGCACGCGCCUCCAGCCCGCUCCAGGGCGCCCCAGGCCGCACCAUGGUGAAGGUGACGUUCAACUCGGCUCUGGCCCAGAAGGACGCCAAGAAGGACGAGCCGAAGAGCGGCGAGGAGGCGCUCAUCAUCCCCCCGGACGCCGUCGCCUUGGACUGCAAGGACCCAGAUGAUGUGGUACCAGUUGGCCAGAGAAGAGCCUGGUGUUGGUGCAUGUGCUUUGGACUAGCAUUUAUGCUUGCAGGAGUCAUUCUUGGAGGAGCAUACCUGUACAAAUAUUUUGCACUUCAACCAGAUGACAUGUACUACUGUGGAAUAAAGUACAUCAAAGAUGAUGUCAUCCUAAAUGAGCCUUCUGCAGAUGCCCCAGCUGCUCGCUACCAGACAACUGAAGAAAAUAUUAAGAUCUUUAAAGAAGAUGAGGACAAAUUCAUCAGUGUGCCUGUUCCAGAAUUUGCAGAUAGUGAUCCUGCCAACAUUGUUCAUGAUUUUAACAAGAAACUCACUGCCUAUUUAGAUCUUAACCUGGAUAAGUGCUAUGUGAUCCCCCUGAAUACUUCCAUUGUUAUGCCUCCCAGAAACCUGUUGGAGUUACUCAUUAACAUCAAGGCUGGAACCUAUUUGCCUCAGUCAUACCUGAUUCAUGAACACAUGGUUAUUACUGAUCGAAUUGAAAAUAUUGAUGGCUUGGGUUUCUUUAUUUAUCGACUGUGCCAGGACAAGGAAACUUACAAAUUGCAGCGCAGAGAAACUAUUAAAGGUAUUCAGAAACGUGAAGCCAGCGAUUGUAUCACAAUUCGGCAUUUUGAAAACAAAUUUGCUGUGGAAACUUUAAUUUGCUCUUGAACAGCCAAGAAAAACAUGGAGAAAAAUUUAAUGCCACAGCAUAACCAUACCCUUUGUAUUUUGUGCAGUGAUUAUUUUUAAAAAUCUUCUUUCAUGUAAGUAGCAAACAGGGCCUCACUAUCUUUUUAUCUCAUUAAUUCAAUUAAAAACAUCU